AUGGCAGCAGAGCUGACUCAGGACCAGGUGUCGUGGACCAGGAGAGAAGGGGAAAACGUCUCCUUCAGAUACAGGUCAGUGGAGCGGCCCAAAGUGAGCGUCUACCCAGCGACGGGAGCUGAUUUAAAGGGCCGGCACUCCCUGCUGUGUGUAGCCAGAGACAUGGUCCCUGAGGAGGUCCGGGUGUCCUGGAGGAGGAGAGGGGGGGGCGGAGGGGGGGGGAAGGACGGGGAGCAGCUGGAGCUCAGAGCACCGACAUACGCUGCCAGCAUCCUGGUUAUUGAUCAGGGAGAAACCCUCACAGAUCAAUACAUCUGUAGAGUUGAGCAUGAGAGCGGUCUGCAGGAGGUGGAGGUCCGAGAAGGCCCCGGAAAGACAGAUGUUACCUUAGCGACGGCAGUAACUACGGACCCCCGGCGUCCAGGGAGACCUAGAGACGGUCCUUCAGAUGAAACACACCUGUCCCUCCAGGUGCUGUCCAGAGCCAGGCUGGCGUCUGUGCUCUACACAGUGAUGGUGGUGAAGAGUGUGCUCUGCUGCUGUGGCCUGGCUCUCCUGCUCCUCCACACCAACAAGACCAGCAGGACGCCCAGAACCAGCACCACCACUGCCCUGGACUGA